CCAAGAUAAGGAUAAAAGGCGGUCUUCGCGACAGCCCACUACACUGGCUGCAGCGGCACAGAACAGAACUCACACAUCUGAUUCUCCAGCAGUUGUUUAUUUGGCCUGACAGCAUUGUCCUUACAUCAUGUUCUGCAGAAGCGUUAGUUGGUUCAUCUGCAUUUUUGUCGCAGUACUCACAGCUGCCGACUAUAGCGACUCUCAUCCCAGUACAGGAUUCCAUCCUGUACUCACAGUCUACCACUUUGGAACUGACAAUCAGGAAUCGCCCACAGCAGAACACGUCCAGGAGGGGACAGGGGCUGCAGCUGUGGACCUGGGCGCCCUGCUGGACGCUGGAGGCAGCGCCGUGGUGACUCUGGUGGCGGGCGACACCCGUCUGGCAGCGCACAGGGCCGUCCUGGCCGCCAGGAGUCCCGUGUUCGCCGCUGUUUUCAGCCACGGCACGCUGGAGGCCGCAGUCCCAGACGUGGGGGGCCAGUUACUGCGCCACCUCGUGGCCUACAUGUAUACCCUGCAGGCCCCGCAGCUGGCCAGAAUGGCCCCCCAGCUGCUGGUCGCGGCUCAUAAGUACGGCUUGUCAGGCCUGAAGGCACAGUGCGAGCAGCAGUUGGCUGCACAGCUGUCUGUUGAGACUGCGGUGGCCACAGCUGUGCUCGCUAUUCGGAACUCCUGUAGCAGGCUUAAGAAGGCCGCCGCCGCCUUCAUAAAGACUCAUAUUUUGUACGUGAUGGCCACGAAGGAUUGGGCAGAUGCGCUACAUUGUCAGCCUGAAGAUUUAAUUGAAGUGCUCAAGCUGCUGUCUGAGCCACCAGCAGAAACCAGCACUCCAGCGACUGGAGACAGCGAGGUCACCCCCACCACUCCGCUGCACACUGGCCACAAAAACUGCAGCAGGGCUCCUGUUCCAGCUGCAAAGCACACAGCUACCUGCCCCACUCCCACAUUUGACGACGCUUCCGUCUCUUUCCUGAGGACCCUCUCGGCAGCGGAGAAAGGAAGGAGGCUGAUGAAGGCAGCUAGCGAUGGGGCAGUGCAAGAGCUGCAGAUGCUGCUGGCAGCUGGGGCUGAUGUGGGUGCGACGGAUGGGAACAAGAAUACUGCGCUGCACUGGGCAGCCUGGCAGGGUCACGUGGAAGCGGCGAGUUGUCUGGUGGGGGCUGGCGCGGAGGUGGAUGCCGGGAACUGGGUCCAGAACACGCCGCUGCACUGGGCUGCAUGGGGCGGCCGGCCGGCCGUGGUGCGGCUGCUGGAGGAGGCCUCUGCAGACCCCAAUGCCAGGAAUGUGGACGGGGACACGCCGCUGCACUUCGCGGCAGAGCAUGGCCGCACAGAGGAGGCGAUUGCACUACUCGAUGCAGGGGCUGACAGCGGGGCCAGGAAUCACAAGGGGAAAACCCCAGUGGACCGCGCCAGGCAGUUCAACCACCAACACUGGAUAGACAGGAUAAGACGAGACUAGCAGUACAAUACACACCUCUGAAGUAAAAACAACGCUAGUCUACCAAAAUCACAACAGUAGCGACAAUGUGAGAUUCAUAUAAACUAAUGUGUGUAGCAAGAAGCGAGUUUCCUUCCAUGAAAACUUAACAAUAAUCGAAACGUAUAUCAUUAAUAAUAAAUAUGUUUUUAACUAAAUUCAUUAUUGUAAAGUAAUUGGUAAGAAUAUGCUAUUACAAAUAACACCACCUCCAGUGUGGCAGUAAGGCGCUGUACUGUUGCGGUAAGUUGUUGGACCACAGUAACAAUAAAUCUUUAAUUUAAUCA